AUGCCUCGAUUAUGUUGUUUUUCACGGCGCAAAUCCAGAUCAUUUCCAGUUCAUGGAAAACAACGUGACACAGAAGUGAAAGAAAUCUUCAUUCGAAAUGUCGAAAGCAUUCGUGUGACUUCUCAGACCAAAAUUAUUCAACAGGAAGAUAAAAUCAAAACAAAGUCGAAAGCCACAUUAAAGAAGAAUGCUGAUGAUCAAUCAAAGGAAAAAGAAGCGACAGUUAAAAACCCAUCCGUUCGUUCACGAACGUCUCUUUCGAAAUUAUUCGUCAAGUCCAAACAAAUGAGAACACCAUCGCCACUACCAACGAUUGUCGAUGAUAAACCAGCUGAUCGUUCAUCAUUGGAAGUGUCGAUUUCGACAGACAGUGAUUCCACUGAACAAAUCAAACACUCCAAACAUCGAUCGUGUGCCGAUAGUUAUGAUAUAAGUAAAGAAGAAACACUUCAACAGAAAAAUACGUGUCGACGUCAGAAGCCUACAGGCAAAAGUAAAGUCGUUUUGGAGAAUGUCAGAAAAAUGAUUCAAGAUCAAAAUGCUCAGCAGCAAACUGCGCACCUAUAG